UAGUGUUUACAUAAAAUUUAUUUUAAGUGCACAACUCAAACAUCAGCUUUUUGAUUUCCAUUGUGGGUCCACAUAUGCUCCACACGGUCAUUGAGUAGGUGCGCGUGCACCUGAUGAUCUCGAAGAUUCUGAUGCAUCUACAGAAACUUCAUAAGUUGAGUUGCAUCUUGAUCUUCCAGGAUUUCGAAGGUGUACUCCUCAUACGCCCGGGCAGGCCCACCGGUGUACAUUUCCUCAAUCAGAGAUAUACAUCUUGUGCAGCGAAGUUACGAAGCCAACCAUUUGAGGGAUACUAGUAGCAGAGCCAACCACGCGCAUUCACUCACCAACGCCAUCUUUUGAGUCGUCACCACCACAUUUCCAGUUGAAUGCCAAAGAGAAAAGGGGGCACAUGGAGAGUGUCCAAAGAGAAUUGGAAUCGAGGUAGCUGCGAUAGGCUAAGGCACUGGGUCUGCAGUUGAAGGCCGGCCAAACACCCUCUUUUCCCCUGUUCAUCUCCAUCCUCCUCACUUCUCAGGGAAGAGGAACACACCCAAGGACGACGAGCGCGGGCCGGAGAAGCACAAUGGCGCCGCUCACCGGAGCCGCCAUCGCCUCCUACAGCAUCCUGCUCCUCAUGCUCGUCCCCUGGGCCCAGGGCCAGGGGCAACCACCCGAGGCGUCGGAGGAGGCUUGGGCCGAGGGGCAACCACCCGAGGCGUCGGAGGAGGCUCUUACGAUGCUCUUGUCGGAGAGCGGGUGCGGCGCCUUCGCCGGCCUCGUCACCGCCACGGCCGGCGUGGGCGAGGCGUUCCGCGAGCAGAGCGGCAGCGACCUGGGGCUCACGAUCUUCUGCCCGGACGACGAGGCGGUGGCGGCGUUCAUCCCGAGGUUCAACGGCCUCACCGCCGACGGCCAGGUCGUGCUUGUUCUGUACCACGGACUGACGAUGGCCUACUCCGUGGAGAUGCUCAGGAGCGACGGGCGGGUGUUCACGCUUGAUGGGGGGCAGAUGGUCCCCAUCCGUGAGCACAGAGGCACGCUGACACUUUUUUCGUGGCCGCCGCCGUCACGGAACGAGGCCAUCUCGUUGUCUACCUCAUCGACGCCGUGCUGAUUCCGACGGUGCCGGAGCCUGGCUUGUCGCUCUGGGACUUUUUGGGGCCUUUCCUACUUCUUGUCGCUGGGCCCCUGGCCUUAAUCUUGUUGUGGCGUGCACUUGUAUAUCUUUGUUCUCUCGUGUGCCGGCUGAGAAGAUGGUGCAAGGAUCACGCUACUGCCUACGUUUCGGCCGCCCGUGUCACUCCACAUGGGCAACAAGAACAUUAGCCUGUGGCCGCUUCAGAGUGCCUCGCCUCCCCGGGUCGUUCCCUAUAGUCUGUAGUCGUCGUUUCCUUUGAACGAUCUAGGUCAUUGACUUGUGCAUAUAGUGUUGGCUUACUUAUGAAUCUAUAGGCUUCAUUUGAUUUAACAAAAUGUUGGUGACUAUGAAUUCGAUUUGAAGUAGUAAUAGUGUUGUUUUUUAAGGCAACUUUUAUUGCAAGCAUCCGUCAAUGGGGGCUGGAUCAACAUUUUUGUUGCAAUAUUGAGUUAUUGUGA